CUUUGACUUCGAACUACUGUACUUACGAGUCGUCGCAAGCCUCCGUCAUCACUACUACGCGACUCUCGUGGUCCUACUCUCCGGAACCAGUGGUCUCUGCGCAGGCGACUUCGUCAGCUGCUGGUGAGGUGGCAUCACUCGUAGAAACGACGCACCUCAGGCUCAGGCCGGUCCCCCGCUCGCAGUGCACUCCCGCACUGUCCUUCCAGGAGCGAGUCUGGUUUGACCCUACGGGCUAAACACUGCAACACCGGCCAACGACUCUUCUGUUACGGUCAGCCUGAGGACUAAUUACCGACUAUGAGACACCGCGACUUUGAAAUACGCAUUACAUGCGACGGAAAGGCGCUCGAUGAGUACAAUGUCCAAGUCAAGGGCAACACCAUUGAAUGUUACGUGGCUAGCGACGCUGGCAAGGUAUUUGAGAUCAAGUCUAGCAAUCACUCCUCGCAGCAUCUUUCAGCCUUUAUUACCAUUGAUGGCCGCAAGUUCCCAAGGAGCGCAACCAUGAAACCACAGGGAAAGAACAAGUCGUUUGUCUGGAGAGAUAGCGUGGAGGGGAAGCAGCCACUGAUGUUUUCGGAAAUCUCCGUCACAGAUGAUGAGAAUGUUGCGAGAGAACCGUCAUGGGCAAUUGAUCUGGGUCUUGUCCGGAUGACUGUUCUCCGUUCGAAGGUCUUAUAUGAAAGACCCUGGUCACCACCCCCUGUUACACCAAUGCAGAACUUUGGGCCCAUCCAUGAGACUGCAAAGAAAGGUGGUAUGCAUUGUGUCUCACUAGGCCCAAGAACAGUAGAUCCAAACCCCACGCAGAAGGCCUUAAAAAUCUGCUGCAUUGACAACCAUUCUGCACCGUACAUAACCUUCGAAUUCAGAUACAGACCCCGUGCCAUUCUCCAGGCGCAAGGCAUUAUAGAGCGUCCCAAGCAGCCACUCGUCGACAACCUCGACGACCCAUCCGCGGCACGAGAUGCGUCGUCGCUAAUGCGGGUUCGAAAUCUAGGUGGUGAUCUAUCUCGCAGUCGCGAAGAUGAGCCCGAAUUAGGCCGGCCACGAAAACGACCACGGCGAGACGACAAAUUGCUGUCUUCCAUUGCGGACUCCCCAACCGAGGAGAUCGUGGACGCCAAGCCACCUGUGCUCAAAGACGAGGAAGACGAUAGCACGGAUGAUCUUGACGCACUCGAGGCACAACUUAUCCAGACCAUACGGCAAAGGAUUGAUAGGGUGAAGAGUAAGAGGUCCCGAGCUAGUCAGCGCGGGAUCGUCAAGAGAGAGCCAUCCCCUAUCCGAGUCGGUGGAUCCAGUGGCGGUGUCAUAGACUUGACGGACGAUUAGGGCUCGCAAGUGAUCAUUGCAUGCACGCGGAGGAUUGGCGACUGGGCCCCUCGACUUGUCUUCAUCGUGUUUGUUUGUUAUCCCUUUAUUGUCAUUGAGGGCCGAGCCCAAUGUAGACAUAAACACGUCCUGCUAUCCUUCUUCCCUUCUCCGGCUUCCCCUUCAUCCCAGCGCAUGUCCUCUCUUCAUUUUGCUGGGUUCAUCCCGGGUCGAAUUUGUUGACUGUUAGGCGCGUCGAACGUAUGGUCAUUCGGUCGUCUCA